UGUGUGAGGCGGGGGUUUCUCUUCCGACCGUUAAGAGGGUUUUCCGAGGAGGCGAUAAGAUGGCUGAGGCGGUUAGUGGCCCUGCCUUGGACAAAACACUGCUGAAUCUGUAAGAGAUGCCGCUCCCACACCAAAACUUCAAGGCUGAGACUAAGAAAUUUCAGUCCAGCAAAACUGUGCCCAGUGAUCGUGGCCAAUCCAAGGAGAUGGGAGAGAAUUACCAAGUGAAAAUAUCUCCAUCCUCACCUCAGGGGACGUUCAAAAAGAGAUCAGCUUUUGAAGAUCUCACAAAUGCUUUUCAAUAUCAACCUGUCCAGUCUAAGAAGGAAGACAACAAGGAGUUUGAAAAAGAUGUUCCCAAGACAAUUAACAGAAGCAAACAUUCUCUUGAAUUGGGCCGAUGUACUGAAAGGAAGACAAAAAAAUAUAAGUUGGAGGUCUCAUCAGUAGUAGCCUCUACUCCCUCAGUACCAAAUGUUUUGGAGAAAUCGCUCCUUCUGAAUGUAUCCACGAACUCCAAAACACCUACUACUAAGGAGGUAUCUUUUGCCAAAAAACCAUUACUUUUAAUAGAGGAACCCAGUACUGAAGUGACAACCCUCCAAACGAUGUCAUUAAAGAAGCGUACAAUUCCUGGGGAAACAUGCCUAUUGGAGAAUUCACUAUUGUUACAGGAGGAUACUGACAGUGAUGAUGACUUUAUUAUACAGCCAGUGACUUCUGGAAAGAAGCAUAAAUCCAAGGAGGCAGCCAUCACUAAGAAGACAUUAUCCUUAAAGAAUAUAUGCACAUAUCCGGGGAAACAGUCUUGCUUGGAAGACGUGGUGACCUUGCAGGACAGCAAUGUUGAUGAGGAUUCCUUCUCUGUGGAGCUCAUGAAUUUAAAGAAGAAGCCUAAAACUGAGAAAUCACCCCCCACUAAAAAUCCAUUAUCUUUAAGUGGUAAGUGUACCACUGUGGAGAAGAUCUCCAGAACGAUAAAGCCAGUAAAAUUGCAGAAGAUCACCACUGAGAAUAAAUUAGUUACUAAGGAGCCAUCAGCCUUUAUGAGAAAGCCUACUGCUGACAAGGAGUCCCUUUCUUGUGAGCCAUCUGCACUAAAAGAGAAACACAAUACUAAGCAAGACAUUUCCAUCUGGAAGAAAUUGACCUUGCUGGAGGAGACUGACUUUGAAGACGAAUCCCUUUUUGAGGAAUUACCGACUUUUAAGCAGUCGCCUACUAUGGAGGAGCUAACCUUUACCCCAAGCCCAGUUUUUGGAAGGACAGAAUGCACAAUUCAAAGGAGGUGCACUACUUGUGGGAUGCCGUCCCACUUAAAGAAGCCAGUAGAAGUACAGGGCGUUAUCUCUGGGGAGGAGUCACUCAGUCCAAAGCCAUCUUCCUUUAAAAGAAAUCCUAUCACUGAAUUCUACCAAGAGCCAUCUGCAUCACAGGAGAAGCAUACUACUCAAGAAGAGAUAGACCUCUUGGAGGAGCCGUGGACAUUGUUUGAGAUUAUCGAUUACGAAGCUAGCUUUGGUACUGAUGUAGUUUCUUAUAACAAACAGCAAACUACCAUGGAGGCAAGCCACACAAAGAAGCCAUUACCUUUAAAAAAGAAGCAGAAAAUUCAGAGGAACACCAAUAGAGAUAAUUCACUCAUUGAGGAGCCAUUGUUCUUUGAGAAGUUUAGCAGUGACGAGGAUUCCCUUUCCCAGGAGCCAUCUUCAUUCGAAGAGAAGGGUAGCCCAGAGGAGAAGAUGAUCACUGUGCGGGUGCCUAGGUCCCUACAACAAUCUCGUGCUAAGAAGGCACAGUCACUUUUUCGGGAGUCUUUGGCUUUUCAAAAGCAGCAUAACACUGAGAAGGCAACCCCCAGCAAGAAACCUUUAUCUUUAAAGAAGCAGGAGCAUACCACUCAAGGGACAGUGUCUCAUAUGAAAAAGCCAUUAGUAUUGCAGACAGUCACCUCUGAAGAAAAGUCACCCAAGGAGCCACUGUCCUUAAAGAAGAAAAAGUGCACCACUCAAGCAACACCCCCCAGGAUAGAUCUUUCAGACUGGCAGGAUAUAGUUGUUAAAGAUAAGAAUUCUUUCUUUCUGAAGCCAGUAUCAUCUACAGAAAAGCAUACACCUGAGAACGCAGUCCUCACCAAGAUGCCAUCAUCUUUGAAAAAGCAAACCACUCAGAGGAAGACUACUUCUGAAGAAGAGUCACUCUGUGAGAAGCUGUUGCCUUUUAAGAAGAAGCCUACAACUGAAGAGGAGUUCCUCUCCCAGGAGCGAUCUGCAUCUAAAGAGAAACAUACUAUUUUUCAGGUGUCACUCUCAAGAAAGCCAGUAGCCUUGCAGGAGAAGACCACUACUGAAGAAGAGUCUUAUAAUAAGAAACCAGUGACUUUGAAGGAGAAGCCUAUCGUUGAGGAAGAGUUCCUCUUGCAGGAGCCAUUUUCUUUGCAUGUUAAGCCUAUCAACAAAGAUGAAUCCCAUUUCCAGAAGGCUGUGGUCUUGCAAGAGAAGACUAAUACCAAAAAGAAGACUUUGGUUUUGCAUAAGAGCACCAUGACGGAAGAGUCCUUUUUCAGUAAUCUCUCAGUUUUGACAAAAGAGCCCUGUGCUGAGGCAGCAGCAAGCACAGGGAGGCAAUUACCUAUAAAGAACAAGCUCACUGCUCAGGAGCAGGCAUUUCUUUUAAAGGAAAAAUUAGCUUUGCAUGAGAAAAUCACCAAUGAUGAAGGGAACCUUAUUAAAGAGCCACUGGUCUUGCAGGAGUCCGUGGGCAGUGAAAAGGUCCUCUUCAAGGAGCCCUUGACCAUGCAGGAAAAGCUUGGCACUCCAAAGGUCCUCUUCAAGGAGCCCUUGACCAUGCAGGAAAAGCUUGGCACUCAAAAGGAGACUGUUUUUAAGAAGCACACCAUUGACAUAGAGGCUCACUUCAAUCAACAUUUGGACAUGCAAGAGAAACCCAGCAUUGAGAAAAAGCCCAACUUUCAGGAGCCUGUGAACUUGCAGGAAAAGCCUACUGUUGAGGAGGAAGCCAUAUUCAAAAAGCCUUUGGCCUUACAGAAGAAAGCUGGCCUUGAGUCUGAGGCUAUGCUGAAAGAGCUUUUGGCCUUGCAGGAGAAGCCCAACACUGAGAUGGAAACUGCACUAAAGGAGCCCUUGACCUUGCAGGAGAAGCGCAGCACUGAGAAGGAGGCUAUCCUCAAAGAGCCAUUAGCACUUCAGGAGAAGUCCAACAUUGAGGAUAAAGUGCUCUUCCAGAAACCAUUAGCCUUGCAGAAGAAAUCUACUAUAAAUGCACCAUUUCUCUUCAAGAGUAUGUUAUCCUUGAAUGAGAAAUCUAGCACUGAGAAUGAGUUGUCUUUUCAAGAGCUGUUAGAUUUAGAAGAGAAUCUUAUCAUCAAAGAAGAUAUUUUUCCAGAAACAUUGUGGAUCCUUGAGAACAGCCCAUAUGUGUCUAGCGAUGCUGUUGAAUCCAGUACAGAUAAAUCCAGUGCAAGUGAAUCUGGUUCCAAAAUACCUUUCUCACCUCAAAGCAGAACACAGAAGGAGCAGAUGACCAUACUGGAAGAUACUGGCAAGGACCACGAUGAUCCAUUUCUCAGCUCAGUAUAUGCUCCGGAAAUCUUCCGUUACUUGAAAGACAGAGAGAAAAAUUUCAUUCUUAAAAAUUACAUGAAAAGGCAGACUGAGAUCACCAGUGACAUGAGGGCCAUUCUUGUGGACUGGUUGGUGGAAAUACAGAUGAGCUUUAACAUGAGACAUGAGACCCUGUACUUGGCAAUGAAACUGGUGGAUCAUUACCUAAUGAAGGAACUGUGCAGGAAGCACAAGCUACAACUCCUUGGUUCUACUGCCUUUCUGAUUGCAGCAAAGUUUGAGGAGCUCCUUCCACCUUGUGUGGAUGACUUGCUGUAUGUCUGUGAUAAUAUAUAUAAACGACACGAGAUGAUUGCCAUGGAAUUGAGCAUCCUGAAAACCCUUAACUUUGACAUCAACAUUCCUGUUGCCUAUAAUUAUCUGCGCAGAUAUGCUUUGUGUCUCAAUGUCAACAUGAAGAUACUGACUUUGUCUCGCUUCAUCUGUGAGUUGACUCUGCAGAAAUAUGACUUUGUCCAUGAGAGGGCUUCCAAGCUAGCUGCUGCCUCUUUCCUCUUGGCUCUCUACAUGAGUAAUCUCAAAAAUUACGCUCCUCUUUUGGAGUUUUGCAGUGGCUACAUGACCUUUGAGCUUCACCCUCUGCUUAGAAAGCUGAAUGUCAUGCUGACUUGCCAUUAUUGUGAUAAGCUCAAGACUGUAUAUAACAAGUAUUCUCAGAUAACAUUCUUUGAAGUCACCAAAAUUCCCCCCUUGGACAUAGCGACGCUGGAUGAGAUUUUUGCUUACUAAUAGAGCUGCGGUUCCGGCACUUUAGCAGCAGGCAUCAGGGCCAGCCAGACGUACCAAUAGGCUAUAUUUAUUCUGUGAUUGAAUUUGUCUUUUAUAUACUUUUCUUCAU